AUGGACAACGACAUCGUGGCCUCGAGCCAGGACGAUGAUGCACCGCGCCGUUCUGGACGCGUCGUCAAAAUUCCCGAGAAGUGGGAGCCGGAGCCGUCCGCGCAGAUGGCCUCGGCGAAGCGUAAACGCGGCGGCGAGGGCGGCGAGGGCGACGACGGCCUCGAUUCCGACGAGGACGACAGCGCCGAGGACGAGGACGAUGGCGACGACGACCAUCCCGCUCCCCGCGCGCGACGAGCUGGUGGCGCCAGCCGGCCAAAGAAGCCUUCGCUCAAGAAGCCCAAGAUCAAUGGCGCCGGCGGCGGCCACACAGCGCGUAUCCCCAGCAGACCCAAGAAGACUGUCCGGAUUGAAGCGGGGACCAAGGGCACGGGUCUAUUCGGUACGCCCCCUCACACCCCACGCGCCUUGUCGCGCCGCCUAACACGCUCGAUAGUGGACAUUUUCGGCUCCGGUGAGCCUUCGCAGACCGUCGCCCACCAAUGGCUCGAACGGUACAAGGCAGACAGUGCUGCUGCUCUGAGUGAUCUUGUCAACUGUAUCCUACAAUGCGCAGGCUGCGACCUCGAGGUCACGCCUGACGAUAUUCGCGACCCCGAAAACAUCCCCAACAGACUUCUCGAUCUCCAAAGCAUCUAUCAAGAGCAAAAUAUUAUCGAGUACCCUCUCAUCUCUCGAGCUAAAGGAACUCGCUCCUUCCGGGACCUCCUCGUCACAUUCUUCCAAGCGCUCGUCGCCUUGCUUCACGACACCGACAUCAUGUACCAGGAUGGAGAACUGAUGGAGAACCUUCAUGCUUGGCUGGCCAGCAUGUCCUCGUCCUCCCUGCGACCUUUCCGCCACACCGCCACGACCAUUGCCUUGGCCGCCCAGACAGGACUUGUCGACGUGGCCGGUACGCUCGACCGUCGCAUCGCCAACAUCGAGCAACAGCUACAAGCCGCCAAGCGCGGCAAGAACAAAUCCAAGACUGUGGAAGUGCAGCGCAACUUGGAAGAAGCAAACAGCCACCGGAGCCUUUGCAGCGAAGGCAUCCAGUCCUACUUCGAUACCGUCUUUGUUCAUCGCUAUCGUGAUGUCGACCCAAAGAUUCGUACCGAAUGCGUCGAGGCUAUUGGUUCUUGGAUCUGGGACCUUCCCACCGUCUUCAUGGAGCCAGGCUACCUACGCUACCUAGGAUGGAUGCUUUCCGACGUCAACGCCCCCACCCGACUCGAAGUUCUGCGCCAGCUGUGGAAGGUCUUCAAGCGCAGCGCCCAGCAGCUUAUUCACUUCAUUGAUCGAUUCCGCCCACGACUUAUUGAAAUUGCCACGCUCGACACCGAAAUCUCUGUCCGAGUUGCUGCCAUCUCUGUUAUCGACACACUACGCGCCGCCGCUCUCCUCGAACCCAGUGAGAUUGACGCUAUCGGCAGACUCAUCUUCGACAACGAGAUAAGAAUACGCAAGGCUGUAGUCAAUUUCUUCGGCGCGUGCAUAGAGGACGUAAAGGAGGGCAAGGUGGAGGAGCUCGGUGGCCAAGAUGCGCUGGAUGAGGUCGAUGGAGGCGACGAGGAUGACUUCGAAUCCCCUCGCAAAGAAUGGCUGGAUAUCAAGUGUCUUGCCGAAACUCUGGCCAUCUACAACGCCCAGGUGGACGAAACGCAACAAAGUACUGGGUUCCUUGGCACCGAAGUUUCCUUGGAUCUCCUCGAGUCUGUGGUGCCUGAGACGAGGAUAACACUGGCUGCUCAGGCUCUGUAUGAAAAGAUUCCCGAAAUCAAGUCAUGGGAAAUCCUGGCUGGAUAUCUUCUUUUCGAUCACUCAACAAGCACAAAGUCGCGUGGCAAGGCUAAGGGCAAGAGCGCGUCUCCAGAGGCUGCUUUCAAAAAGGCCGUUGCGCCGCUGACGGAAGAAGAAUCCAUCCUCCUCGAAGUUCUCAGCUCCGGCAUUCGAUCCUCCCUCACACACUCCGGAGGUGACGUUGACCGCAGCCGACGUAGAGGCAACCGUGAAGCUGCCGAUGCGCAGGAGGACAUUGCAGUUGAACUCGCCAGUAUCAUCCCCAAACUUCUCAACAAGUUUGGCGCUGAGCCUGAGACGGCUGCCAUCGUCUUGCGUUUGGAGCAUAAUCUCGACCUCGACGUCUUCCAGCAGCUUCGCCAAGACUCGAGCAAGUAUGAGAGGCUGCUGGACGAAAUAAGCACACAAUUCAUCCGACACGACGAUAAGAGAGUCCUGUCAGAAGCUGCUGCUGCGCUAUUACAUGCCCGUCAAUAUGACGAACUGGAAGAACUCACCGACAGUAAGCUCUCCGUAUUAUGGGAUAACGUCAUAGAGGCGCUCCGCAACUUCAGUGAAACGUGCGAACUCUCUGUUCGCGGAAACCUCGCUGUAGCACCGCUUAGGCAAUUAUCGACACUGGUGAUGAAGAUUAGCAAGCUGGCUAGCAUUUCGGAUUGUGUUGAUAUUUUGGACGCCGAGUCUAGGUCUCAGAAUGCCGACUCGUCAGCCAUCCAGACCCUCAUCAACAUUGUCCACCGCGGCAAGUACGAACCACAGGAGGAUGAGGUUGAUGACCUUGAAGAUGAGGUUGUGACACUCGCGAUCAAGGCCUGUCAGUUCUAUUUCAUGUGGAGGAUUCGCGCUCUAUCAAAGCGACUGGCAGCUGGUACCGGUAUUGCUGACAAUGAGCUUGACGCUUUGUCUGUCCUUCGCCAAUCCUACCGCCGUCACCUCAUCGAGACAUUUUCAUCUCGCGCUGCUAUUGAUCAGCUGCGUCUCUUUUCUACGGGCAGCCUCUGCGACCUGCACCUCUCUUUUGCGACGCUCCGACCGAGGAUCACCGCUCUUCGAAAUUCCGCCGACCCCGCCCACGCCGACAAGUUCAAAGUCAUCAUCCAGGAAAUCGAGCCCGGUCUGAUCCCCGAGCUGACGGCCAUCUUUGACGGCGCCGAGAAGCAGUUUGCCAAAAGGUCGAAAAAGGACAAGGCGCUGAACGAGCCUGCCGAGGACGAGGACCCCCUGUCUGAUGAAGAGGACGAGGACGACGAGGACGACGGCGACGCCGAGCUCACGCCCGAUCAGCGCCACGCCAACGAGCUGCGCGCCGAAAAGUCGCUCUGUGAGCUGACGGCCAAGUACGUGCUGGCCAUUAGCGGCCGCCUGAUUGACGACCGCGGCGGGCUCGUGGACAAGCUGCGCCGCCGCCUGCUCCGCAACCAGACCAAGCUGGGCCACAACUUCAAAGAGGUCGUCGCGUUCCUGGACGAGGACAAGAUGGCGCGCGCGGCGAAAAAGGCCGCGCCCAGACCCGUGGCCGCUGCGAAGCCGCCCGUUGAAAAUGAGGCGACGACGGCGGCCCAGGACCUGGAAGACAUGUUUGAGGACGAGGCCGAGCCGGAGGAGGGAUCGCGUGACGAUUUACGCCGCAAGGGCUUGCUCGAGGACGAUCCACUCGAGGACGAUGAUGACGACAAUCAAGGCCAGCAUGAAGGCCGCUUCGAGGACGACAUUUUAGGAGACUAG